AUGGCUGCAUUGAAUGAUAUUGAAGGACGACUUGCUUUGGUCACCGGCGCCUCAAGUGGGCUCGCCAGCCGGAGUGUCCAUCUUGCAUUAACCUAUGCGAAAAAUUCGGACGGCAUGAAUGCUGUUGUCAGGGACAUCAAAGAACUACCGUCGUCAUCCAAUCUCCACAUAUCUGUCCACCAAGUUGAUGUCGGACAAGCCGAGCAGAUCAACCGGCUAUUCGUCGAGAUCCCGGCGGAACAUGGUGGCCGUUUGCCCGAUAUCCUUGUGUCCAACGCGGGAUACGGGGUAAAGAUACCUCAGAUAUGGGAUAUCUCGUUAGAGGAGUUUGACCAUACUAUCAACGUGAACCUACGAGCAUCAUUCAUCCUUGUCAAGGGCGUGGUUGAGAAUAUGAAGGCGCAGAAAUGGGGUCGGAUCGUGUUCAUGUCUUCCAUUUCAGCCCAUGGAGGAGGCGUUAAUGGGUGCCACUACGCUGCUUCUAAGGGGGGCAUGACGGGCAUGAUGAAGAACCUGGCAACUCGUCUGGCACAGUUCAAUAUAAGCGUGAAUGACGUCGCUCCGGCCAUGAUUGGAGAGACCGGAAUGAUCCCUGAUGCUCGAGCAAUCCCAGAGUUCGCUGGCAAUAUUCCACUAGGCCGACUAGGUACGCCAGAUGAGGUUGCCAGUGUUGUCGAAAUGUGCGUGACGACCGGGUAUUUGACUGGGCAGAGCAUCCUCCUGGCUGGAGGACUGAAGUAG